CUCUCCCACGGAAGUGUGCUUUAGCGCACCGGAAGCCACCUCAGGGGGUGAGCCAUGGCGGGUUUGCCAGUUAGAGACCCUGCGGUGGAUCGUUCUCUGCGUUCUGUAUUCGUGGGAAACAUUCCUUAUGAAGCUACUGAAGAACAACUGAAGGACAUCUUCUCUGAGGUUGGGCCUGUUGUUAGUUUCAGAUUGGUAUAUGAUAGGGAGACAGGAAAACCAAAGGGUUAUGGCUUCUGUGAAUACCAAGACCAAGAGACAGCACUUAGUGCCAUGCGGAACCUGAAUGGGCGUGAAUUCAGUGGGAGAGCACUUCGAGUGGAUAAUGCUGCCAGUGAAAAGAACAAAGAGGAACUGAAGAGCCUUGGCACUGGUGCACCUGUCAUAGAGUCACCUUACGGAGAAAGCAUCAGCCCUGAGGAUGCCCCUGAAUCCAUUAGCAAAGCAGUUGCCAGUCUUCCACCAGAACAGAUGUUUGAGCUGAUGAAACAAAUGAAGCUUUGUGUCCAGAAUAGUCCCCAGGAAGCAAGAAACAUGUUGCUUCAGAAUCCACAGCUGGCUUAUGCUUUGCUGCAGGCACAGGUAGUGAUGAGAAUUGUGGAUCCUGAGAUUGCCCUGAAAAUUCUGCAUCGCCAGACAAAUAUCCCAACGCUGAUUUCAGGCAACCCUCAGGCAGUCCAUGUUGCAGGGCCUGGCUCAGGACCCAAUGUUUCAAUGAACCAGCAGAAUCCUCAGGCCCCUCAGGCUCAAUCUUUGGGUGGGAUGCAUGUCAAUGGCGCACCUCCUAUGAUGCAAGCUUCUAUGCCAGGUGGAGUUCCAGCCCCAGUGCAGAUGACAGCUGCUGUAGCAGGACCUGGCCCUGGUUCCUUAGCCCCUGCAGGAGUCAUGCAAGCCCAAGUUGGAAUGCAAGGAGCUGGACCAGUGCCCAUGGAACGAGGACAAGGAACCUUACAGCACUCGCCCGUGGGACCCGCCGGGCCUGCAUCAAUUGAGCGAGUUCAAGGGCAGAGAACAUGGAUGAUAUGGGCAUCUGUCCGAGGCUCUACUCCCUCCAUACUGGUGUCAGGAGGCUUGGAUGGAAUUGCAGUCUGUGAUGCUCCCAAUGACCCGCGGGGAGGCACUUUAAUGACUGUCACUGGAGAAGUAGAACCUAGAGCUUACCUGGGACCACCACCACCACCUCAUCAGGGCCCACCCAUGCACCACGUUCCUGGCCAUGAAGGUCGUGGACCGCCUCCGCAUGACAUGAGAGGAGGACCCUUAGCUGAACCCAGACCUUUAAUGGCAGAGCCAAGAGGACCCAUGCUAGAUCAGAGGGGUCAACCUUUGGAUGCCAGAGGUGGAAGAGAUCCCCGAGGAUUAGAUGCACGCGGGAUGGAGGCUAGAGCCAUGGAAGCAAGAGGACUAGAUGCCCGAGGACUGGAAGCCCGUGCCAUGGAAGCUCGUGCCAUGGAGGCCCGUGCCAUGGAGGCUCGUGCCAUGGAGGCCCGUGCCAUGGAGGCGAGAGGCAUGGAUACCAGAGGCCCAGUACCUGGACCUAGAGGACCUAUGCCUAGUGGAAUCCAAGGUCCCAAUCCAAUGAACAUGGGGGCAGUUGUUCCCCAGGGAUCCAGACAGGUCCCAGUCAUGCAGGGAGCAGGCAUGCAAGGAGCAAGCAUGCAAGGUGGAAGCCAGCCUGGUGGCUUUAGUCCUGGACAGAGCCAGGUCACACCCCAGGAUCAUGAGAAGGCUGCUUUGAUUAUGCAGGUCCUUCAACUCACUGCAGACCAGAUUGCCAUGCUGCCCCCUGAGCAAAGACAGAGUAUCCUAAUCUUAAAGGAGCAGAUCCAGAAAUCCACUGGGGCACCUUGAAAGGUUCUCAAAAAUACCUGGCAACAAAUCGGGAAAUGUAAUUCCAUAACAUUGGAAUUUUGAAGACACAGUGAGUUCUGCAUCCUAACCUCCCCGGAUGAGGCAGAUUGGCGCCGGGUGGAGGACUUACAUCACCAUUUCUUCACUGUUUCUCCAAAGGAUAACAGUUCGUUCUGUUGUUGUAGUUUGUGUAUUUUCUGUGACAUUGAAUAAACUUUGAACACAAGUUUAACAUACUACAAAUUGAUAGACAUAAUCCUUUUGCUUUUAAGAAGCUAACAGCAAGGAUAAAAGCUUAGCUGUGAUUUCUAACCUACUGCCGCAUCAGUCUUUAAUCUUCCAUUGCCAUAGCUCUGUUCUUACUUUAGCAUAAGCAGUUAUUCUUCUUAAUAAUACUUGAGAAUUUCUCUGAAACAAUGUUUUCAGGAACUUUGGUUUUUGUUGAAUUUGAUUUCAGUAAGGUAAUAACACUUUACCCCUUGAAAACUUUCUAGACUCUCAGAGUUUUGUGGGAGAAAAAAAGCAUGUGGUUAGAACUAAAUGAUCAGAAGGCCAACAAGCGAAGAGCAUACCACAGCAGUGUGUUUGGUUCAAGAAAUGACAAUUAUCAAAAUGUGUUGUUUGGUCAGUAGCAAGACUGAACAUAUAUAAGACUAAGAUUGUUUUGGCACUGGUUUGAGUAUAUAUCAGUAACCUAAAAGACUGUUGUAAAGCUCUUCUGUCUAGGUAGCCAACUUUACAAGUUUAAAAAGCCACUGGUUUUCCACAUGUUCAAAUUUAAUAAAGAAAACCAAGUGAACAAAAUAUAUUCCAGUCUUUCAGAAAAUCACAAAGCGUUCAGCCCUAUCAUCUUAACUAAAUCCAUUCCAAGGACUUCAAACAGAAAACCCUAAAACUUGUACAUUUUCAAGUCUUUUAAGAGGACCAAGUAUAGAGCACAGGAUGGCAAAUUGCCCAUUAUGGUUGCCUGCUUCUUUCGAAGUACUACCUACUUGGAAGGUAAUUAGUGCCAUUAGCCUGUGCUAACCUGCAGGUUGCCUUGCUUUUGUUCUCCCUUAGGGGCAUUAAAAAGGAGCAUGGUUUCUUCACCAGGUCGACCUCAAGAUGCUUGAAGAGUUGCCUUAAUAAUUUGUAAAGUUGACUAGCACUAAUUGUGAGCUUAUUUGUAUUCCCAGAACCCUACCCUGUGCAUUAGAAUUAUGGGCGGGUGAAUUAAAAUCACUACUUUGCUUACAUGCCAAGAAAAAGAAAGCAAAGAUAUUAAAAUUGAGGGAUUUUUCUCCAUAUAUUUAUAAUGAAAAUUUGCUGGAUAUGUCAUAACUAUAACCUGUCAAGAAAAGAGCAAAACAAGCACUCCUGCCUAUUCCACUCCUCCCCAGUUCAAUCAUGAUGUUAAUUAUGCACGUCAUUGUUUUUGUUACUGACUGUGCUUCUUGCAGAAGCAGUCCUUGAUGUGUUGAUUUUGGCAGCUGUCAUGACUUAAAAGCACCAAUGUAUUUAGAUGCAGAGAUCAAGUGGAAAAUACUUUUAUUUAGGAACUUGGGUUUUACACAACCAAUUCCAAAUGAAGAUAAAUGAGGCUGAAGUUAUUUGGGAAACAGUUGUCUAAUAGUAACCAUAUUGUGGAAAUCCAGCACAUUUUCCCAAAGCCUCAUUAAACUUAAUUUGGUUAGCAGAUAUUCAGGUGAAUAAGUUGACAAGAGUAGUGGCAUCCCAAUUCAUCACUAUGGAAACACUCAUCCUCUUCAGUGGUUGUUUGUUUGCUGUUAUUUUUUACUGUUGUAAUAAUACAAUUAGCUACCCCACGUUCAUGAUCUGCCUUUAUUAUGUUCAGACAAAUGACUGAAAAAUGAUACCACUAAUUCUUCAAGCUGUGUGUUCCUAGAUAAAUGAAAACAGAAAUUUGUUUACUCUUGAUCAAUUAGUGGUACAAAUUAGAUGGUCUAGUGCUAAGUAUAUAGGUUCAUUGUGCUAAAUGUCUGAGGUCAACUGCCUGAGUACAGUGAAGCGUGGGGUUUUAUUUCUCCCUCCUGGAGCCUGCACCUUUUCUUGUAAUUCACCAUUACUAACAUCUCAGAGCCAGUGUGGUUAUUGUCCUGGUUGAUAGGAAAAAUAAACAUUUUUGUAGGAAAAAGAAUGGCAUUUAGUGGAUGAUUAUUCCUCAUUGAGUAAGACCUGUAAAAUAGCCAAAAUUAUAACUUUAUUUUCUUUUUAUAACACAUUCAUAAACAAUCCCUUUAACAACAACGAAACUUAAAAGAGCUUCUGUUAAGUUAUCCCAGGUCAGGCCUUUCCAGUUAUUUCAAAUAAUACAAAGUGACAAUAUAGUUGGCUUCUAACUACAAUACAAUUUGAUUAUAGUUAAUAUAUUUAAGAUAUUACUAGGGAAAGUCAGUAAAAUUGUUCAAUAAACAAAGAUGAACAUCUUUCAAUUGUUUUGGCAAAGUGAAGUGUAAAUUAUUGGUCACACUGGAUUAACUCAUGUGUAACAAUGUACUUAGUGGGUAUGAUAUGGGAGUGGGAAUCUUGGUAAUUUUAUGUUGUUUAUUAUUUAUGGUUAUUGUUUUGUCAUGGAUUCAAUAAAUAUUUUAAAAUCA